UAUCUAUAUACUUGUACCAAAAUGGCGUCUCGUGAUGGUGAUGCAGACAGAAGGCUUCGUAAAACAAGUGUUGCUUGGAAUUAUUUUACUCUUGUGGAUGAUGAGAAGCGAAUCGCAGCUUGUAAUACUUGCGACUCUCAUAUGUCCUUUCGAUCGUCUAUUUCCAACUUGAUGAAACAUUUGAAAAGAAAACAUGGGGACAUUGAGACCGCGGAGGCAAAGUUUGAGGAUGACAAAGAUUCGGAAUCGGAAGAUGAGGCGAAAGUCAACCCCGAAGAUGAUAAGCUCCAAUGCGGCCCCAUCCAGGAGCACUUUGAGAUUACGAAUGCCGAGAAAAAAAUAGCCACAUGCUCCGUGUGCCAAGUGCCGCUGUCUUAUAAGAGCUCCGUGACAGUUCUGCUGAAGCAUCUCCGGAGGAAGCAUAAUAUUGAUGUCGGGGAUGUGGAGCUGUCGGAGGAUGAAGACAAGAAACCAGACUCUCUCCCACCAAAUCUGCGCUCUGCCAUCUGGCCGUAUUUCCGCAUCACGGACCCGGCGUGCAAGGCGGCGCGUUGUCUGGUGUGUCGCAAACUCCUGUCGUAUAACACCGGCACUUCUAACUUGAGAAAACAUCUGAUGAGGAAGCAUCCAUUGAUAAAUCUACCCGGACCAGGUGAAGAGAGAAAAACUAUAAUUCUAUCAUCCGGCGACCAACUGUACGAGUACGAGGUGGAAGCGGGCGAGGGUGAAAACAAGGGGGAUGAAAAUGAUGAUAACGAUCAGAGUGAACCAGUAGCUAUCGACGAAGUGUUUCUAGACGAGUUCAACGGGAGCAUUAACCGAAUACAAUCCGACAAAAAGUACAAAUCAAAGAAGAGAAAACACAAAGAUAAAAAACCAAUCGUUCUAGAACAUUCCGACAGUGAUGACGAUGUAAUAUUAAAAAAGCCCAAAGAAGAUAGUACAGAUAUAUUCGGGAAAUACAUAGCUUCGUUGCUAAAGGAGCUACCGAAGCAGACUUCGAAUCGUUUGCAGAAAGAGUUUGUGAAGCAAAUAAUGAAUGCUCAGCUUGAGUCUCAGACUCAGAACGGGUACUCAGUUGAGCAACAGAGUCAGUACUCGAUUACGAUAGCGGACGCGGGGGCGUCUGUGCCUGAAGAUGUGAGGUUUGAGCUUAUCACGACCAAACCUGAGGAUAAUAAAAUAAAUUUUUUUCUUUACACAGACGAAUCAGACGCGCAAGAUGACGUGUGGAGCUUCUUCGAGCGCGCGGGCGGCGAGGCGCGCUGCGCGGUAUGCCGCGCCAUGGUACCCAUCUCCGCGCUGCGCAGUCACCUGAGGAAUAAUCACCCUAAGCUAGUGGAUAUUGUGGAAUCAGAGGAGGAAACAGCGACGAACAACGUCCAAGAAGACGUUUACACGGAAGUUGUAUAUCUCGAGCACGACGAGAGCCCCAAAAGAGCCCCAAAACCCGUCGAAAAACCAAGAAAACCAAAACAAUACGUAGAAAGAAGCCCCAAAAAGCGAAGACUUAGCUCCUCUUCCGACGAUGAGCCUUUAAAUUACAAGAAAAAAGACGAUGAAAUCGAGCAAUUUGGAAAAUACAUAACAUGCUUACUGAAAAAAAUACCUCAAGAUACUAGCAUGGAAUUACAGAUGGAAAUUGUUAAUUUAAUAGUGAAAAAACAGUUGGAGCAAAGGAGAAACGAAACGUCAGUUUUGGCGGCAAAGGAAAGCAAGAUGGCGGCCGUCGCAACUGCCGAUGGCGGGUGUCAGUGUGAGAUUAAGAUAAGUGAUAAGAGUAUGGGCAAUGGAUAUUCGUAUAGUAUUGAGAAAAUUGUGAAUGAUGAAACGGUAGUGCAGAGUAACAUAUAAAAACUAUAAAUAUUAGGUACGUAUGUACUUAAUACAGAGUAUUAAUGAGCCAAGUUUUUGAAGUGA